AUGAGGAUGGGGGGACGACAACGAGGACAACGGCAGGGCACCCUUCACCCCCGCCUUCACCCCUCGUUCACUCCCCGUCCUCUCCCUCGCCCUGUCGCCCUCUGCCCCGCCUUCUCGCCCCCCUCGCCCACCAUCUUGCCCUCUUCCCUUGCCUUCUUGCCCUUGCCCUUGCCCUUGCCCUCUGCCUUGCCCCCAUCCUCUGCCUCGCUUGCCUUCGCCCUCUCGUGCACCCUCACCCUCUGCCUCACCCUCGCCAUCUGCCUAGCCCCCGUCCUCUCGCCAUCUACCCCUCCGUCUCACCUUCGUCGUCACCCUCUUGCCCUCUCACCCCUCACCCGUUUGCCCCUCACCCUUCUACCUCCCUCACCCUCUCACCGUCGCUGUCUCGCCCCUCACCCUUUUGCCCUUUUGCCUUUGCCUUUGCCAUCGCCCUUUCACCCGUUUGCCGUCGCCGUCACCUCUCGCCCUCUGCCCACCCUCACCCUCUGCCCUCGCUCUUGCCAUCUCCCCUCGCUCUUGCCGUCUCCCCUCGCUCUCCCUCGCCCACCUCGCCAUCUCACCGUCUCCCUCGCCGUCUCCCUCUCACCCUCGCCCCCAUCCUCUGCCCCACCGUCUCGCCAACCUCGCCAACCUCUCCCUCUUGCCGACCUCUCCAUCCCGCUGACCUCUCCCACUCGCCCACAUCGCCGUCUCACCCGCCUCGCCCUCUGCCCCGCCGUCUCACCCACCGUCUCACCACGACGACAACAAUGGGCACGGAACAACAACAACAACGGCGGGGGGCACAGAACAACAACGACAAGCAGCACAAUGACGAGGAGAGGGCAGCACGACGAGGAUGGGGAGGGCAGCACGACGAGGACGGGGAGGGCAGCAUGA